AUGGGAAAAUCUAAUAAUUUAGAAGAAAAAGUGGUUAAAAUUAACAUUAAAAAUGAAGUGACUAAUAUGAUCAACUUUGAUGAUGACGUUAUUGAUGAAUUGGUGACAACUAAAGGUGGAGAAUACAUUAAAGCAAUAUCUGAUAAUAAAUUGAUUGUAUUAAAUGGAAAAGAUUCAAUAUUAAAUUUGAAUAAUAAAAAAUUGAUCAAAUUACCAAGUAAAAUAACUACAAAAGUUUUUAUGGAAAUCAAUAAAAUGACAUUCCUUACUAAUGGAAAUUUGUUAUUGAUCGAGGAAAGAUUUAAUUACAAAGAUUUAAAAAUUCACAUUCUCACCUUCAAAUCCGCUUGUGAUUGCAAUAAUAAUGUUGAUUUUAGAGCAAUAUAUAAGACAUCAUAUAAUAUUAUAUCUCCAGCUACAAUUAAUAAUAGACCAAAUGUUUUUCUGAAUUCUAGAAAAAUGUUGAUUGAUUAUAAAGAUUUGUUUACAACACAAAUAAAUAACGUGACAAUGACAUUUGAAAACCAUUAUUAUUUAUUAAGACCUUGUUUUAUAAUUAAGAAAUUAAUUUAUAGUAAAGACGAAUGUAUUGUUGCAAUUAAGUUGUGUCAUGAAAUAGUUGUAUGUUCAGUUGAAUAUGGAAUAGUAAUAUCAUCAGAUAUAUUCAACGGUAGCACUGCUGCUGGUGACAAUAAAAAUGAAAACAUGAUAAAAGAAUCCAAGAUCACAAAUAAUCAUUUAAAACAUUUCAAUAAUAUUGGGUCUAUUUUGAAAAUGAUCAUUAAGGAAAUAAAUGAAGUUCAUGAAAAAUUAACCAAAGAAGAUUACGAAGAGUAUGAGAAUGAGGACAAAAAUAAUGGGAGAAAGAAAGAAAAAAGAGUAGAAUUAGUCCAGGAUUCUAUUAAAUGGUUGUUGAAUUAUAGGUUCGAUGAAAAAUUAUUGAUAAUCAGGUUUAAAAAAUACGAAAAUGAAGAUUUAUUAGUAGUUACACUGAAUGAAGUUUUCAUAUUUUCAAUUGAUAGUUAUAAUGAUAAUAAAAUAUAUUUGAAAUUUAUCAACUAUGUAAAUUUUGAUGAUAAGGGUGGCGGUUUAAAUCAAGGUCUAUUUAAUAUAGAUUUCAAUUUUGUGAUAAAAAAUGUUAAUUUUACAUUAUCGCCAUUUGAGGAUGAGGGCAAAGUUAAUAAUAUAUUGAAUAGUAAAAAUGUUCCAUCAUUUAUUAAAUACGGCAAAUUAAUAUUACAAUAUUCAAUUAUUCAUGAUAAAGAAGUCAUAAUAGAAGCAAUCAUUGAAACAUGUUUAAGUAUAUUUAAAUCUAAUUAUAAGUCAAACUUGGGGUUGUUGAGUUUGAUAACAUUGAAAUUAUCAAUAUUGGAAGCAAACUAUCCUUUAAUCGUUGAUAAAUUCUAUAAUCAAAUCUCAAUUAUUCUGGAUCCAUCAUUCAAUAAUAAUGCAUCUUAUAGUAAAUCAAACUUAAUAAAUGGAUACAAUAAAGAUUUCGUUAUAUAUGAAAACAGUUCUAUAUGGAAUUUAUAUUAUAAAUUAUAUUUUAAUUAUUACAAAAGAAUAGUGGAACAUAUUGAAAAUCAUAAUGAAAAUAUUCUUAAUAAUCACAUCGAUAACAUUAGAAAUUAUGAUAAUAACAAUCAUAAUAGUACACAAUUAACAUUUGGCACUACUAUGCAUCUACUUUCCAAGGAUGAGUCUGAAUUAACUCAAAAAUUACAAAACCAACUAAAUCAAAACAAUAAACUUAUAAUCAGUCAACUACAAACAUUUAUAAAGAGCGAAUUAGGAAAUUUUAAAAAUUCUUUAGAAGAAAAAUGA